AACCUUAGGAUGUGAGCUUAUUUGGAAAUAGGAUCUUUGCAGAUGUUGUUAGUGAGGGUGAGAUCAUACUGGAGUAGGCGGGCCUAAUCCAAGGACUUGGUGUCCUUAUAAGAAGAGACACAGAACCGAGAGACAGCCGCGUGACCACAGGGGCAGAGACUGCGGGGACGUGGCCACAAGCCCAGGGCCAGCUGGCGUGCCCAGAACCUGGAGUAGGCAGGAAGGACCCUCUUCGGGAGCUGUUGGAGGGGCACAGCCCUGAGACCUUGAUCCAACUUGUGGUGGUAAGCCUUACAGUGUGUGGUCUUCUCUUUCAGUAGCCCCAGGACACAGACUGCUUUGCAAUGGAAUGGAAUGGGUGCAUUUCAUAACCUUCCAAGACCUUUGGUCUCCCUGUCCAAGCCUGGGCUAAGAAGCCGUGAAGGCCCAUGGUCUCUGUCCUGGCUUCCGUUGACCACACUCUGUGCUGGGGGGACACCUGCAGAGAUCCCCGGGUCCAGGAUUUGGGGGCUGGGGACAGAUCUGGGCCUGGGCCUCACAUUUUCUUCUCCUCCCACAGCUCUGCAGGCUCUGGAAGCUGCUUUCCCAGGAGAAGAGGAUGGCUACUGGGUACCUGUCCCCCAGACCCCAGGCAGCAAAAAGCAAAGAAUCUGUGUCCCACGGAGACCUUUUCCCGUCUUCCCUGCCUGAGGAGUCGCUGUCCUGGGAGGAUGUGGCCGUAGACUUCUCCCGCGAGGAGUGGGCGAUGCUGGGUUCUGCGCAGAGACGGCUCUACAGAGAGGUGAUGCUGGACACCUGCGCCCACUUGGCUGCCCUGGGAGCGUUGAAGAACCAGAGUUCCGAUAUAGGCGUUGACGAUGGCGACGGCGCACUUUCCCCAACACAAGCCUCUCAGGCCACCAGUCCUUCCCCAGGGGUGGGGUGUCCACUCUUUCUACCAGUGGUGCCUUUCCACUGGGAACCAGGAGAAGCCGUGUGGAUGGGGGCACGAGGAACUCCCCAAACCUCCUGUUCAGAUUUGGAGACUAGUCUGAAAAGCCAAGAGUCGGUUUAUAAGAAGGUGGUUUUGGAGGAAGAACCAGCCAGUGGCAUGGAUGCCAGAAAGCUCCCCAGAGAAGACUGGGAAUGUGGUCAACUUGAGAAGAACCACGAAGACUCCCGCAGGCUUCUGAGGCAAAUGGCGUACGCCCAGGCGGAGGCAUUUGCUCCAAAGGAGGCCACUGCCUGGCACGCGUUUGGGGAAACCUGUAGCACGAACUCAGACCGUGCUUUGUCACAAGGAGGUUUUAGAGGAGGACAUUUCCAUGACUGUGAUCUUGAUAUUGAGAGUCUGGUAGCUGAUCCGUUCUUAAAACACCGUCGGGUCGGGUAUUCAGACCAGAGGCCGUGUGAAGGGAAGGAAUACGGAAAAGACAUCAGCCCGGACAGUCCCCUUGCUCAGCACGAAAGGACGGGAACUUGUGUGUACCCAGAAAGCGGGGAGUCAUUUAAUCAUAGUAUUACGACCCACAACGCGGCGGGGAAACCCUAUGAAUGCUACCACUGCGGGAAAAUGUUUAAUCGGAGGCAUUCCCUGAGUGAGCAUCAGAGAAUACAUACUGGGGAGAGACCCUAUGAGUGUCAGGAAUGUGGGAGAGCCUUUACGCACAGCUCAACCCUCACGCGGCACCUGAGAACUCAUACUGGAGAGAAGCCCUACGCGUGCAGUGACUGUGGGAAAGCCUUCAACAGGGUUUCGUCUCUUACCCAGCACCAGAGGAUUCACACAGGGGAGAGGCCUUACAAAUGCAAGGACUGCGGAAAAUCCUUCUGCCAGAGUUCUUACCUGACCUUGCACAAGAGAACGCAUACUGGGGAGAAGCCCUACGAGUGCAACGAGUGUGGAAAGGCCUUCAGUGAUCGCUCCUCGCUCAACCAACACGAGCGAACUCACACCGGGGAGAACCCCUAUGAAUGUAAUCAGUGCGGGAGAACCUUCAGCCAGAGGUCUUCCCUCGUUAGGCACCAGAGAACUCACACUGGAGAGAAACCGUACAGCUGUCCUGAGUGUGGGAAAGCCUUCAGCCAGAGCUCCUCCCUCAUCACCCACCAGAAAACUCACACUAGUCAGAAAACCUACAAAAUAAUUGACUGCAGGAAAGCUUUCUAUCAGAGCAGCCACCUUCUUGGAUUUUAGAGAACGCUUGCUGCUCUGUGAAGUGACUCGUAGCCGUCCACUACGGAAGGGGGUUGGGUUUUGCCCGUCUGAUGUUCUCCUUGGAAAGAAGUAGGCGUAGGCCACGUUCUUGAGGAGAAGCAGGGAGGUCUAGAUCUGAGAAGGGACCUUCUACUGGGGAAAAUUAACACUGAGCCGCGCCCGGUGCCUGACGUUUUGGAG